AUGAGAGCGUGCGCUUCUUCGAAAGCGACUUCCUCUUCGUUUAAACCUCCUCGUAAUAAUAAGUGUUCUUCUUUCUCUCGUCUUUCUCGGCGAUGUCAUCGGACGACUCCUCGUCAUCGAAUUGGAAUUUCAUCAUCGGGAGGAGGGAAGAGACGACAACGAAUGCGAAGAACACCAAACCUCCUCCUGUGUCGCGCGGUAUCCUCGUCCUCGGAGGAGGACGGGGAAGAAAAUAACGACGAUCCGGACGAGUACUCGUUAUCAGACGAUAUGAAAAGUUCAGAGGAAGAAGACAUCAACGAAGUUUUAAAAGGCGUCGCGGAGAAGGAAAUCAUGCUCAAAAAGCUGACGGAUACCAUGGUGAAACAGUUCUUAAAAACCGGCGAUCGAGGAGACGAAGACGAUGAAGACCAAGAAGAAAGAGAAGAGAAAAGAGGAAAAGAAACGAACGAGGACGAGAACGACGGUGCGUUCGAAGUUGGUGUUGGAGAAGAAGGAGAGAUGAUGCGAGCGAAAAACUUUGAGAUGGGAGACGGUACCGACGAGUCGUCGUCUUCGGCUUCGUCGUCGGGGUCGACGAUUGUUUUCGACUCCAUCGACGAGGAGAAGCGAGACGAGUUAUUGAAAGAUAUUCAUUCACUCCCGAAGAGAACGUCUAUGCGAGGGUCGGUGAAACUGUUUUUGGAUAGCGCGGACGAGAGCGAGUGGCGAAAAUGGUUACCCACCGGGUUGUUCUUUGGCGUGACGACGAACGUGCAGCUGUUGGAAAAGUCAGAGACGUUAGCGACGGCGAACGACGAGGACUUUUCGUUUCAAACUUUGCUCGAUUUAGUCGACGCCGCGCUGGAGUACGAAAGCGUGAACGAGGUGCACGUGCCGUCGUGGGGUUUAGAUUCCGACGAGAUUUGGAAAAAUGGAAUCGUGUUGGCGAAGAAUGAUCCGCAGAGAAUCGUCGUCGCGGUACCGUGCACGUUCGAAGGCGUCAAAGCGGCCAACGCGCUCGUCGCCGACGGCGCGAGAGUUCAAAUAUCCGGCGUAUUUGCGCCGCAUCAGGCGUUAAUGGCGGCGGCGAUCGGUGCGAGUUACGUCGCCCCGACGUUCGGAAAAAUGUACGACGCCGGUCGAGACGGCUUUAAAGCCACGGAGGAGAUGAUGAAAACAAUCACCAAGUGCGGUUCGGAAUCGAAAAUCUUGGUGAAAAACGUUCGAUCGGCGGUGGAUUUAGCGAAUUUAGGGAGCAUCGGCUGCGAUACGUUUGCCAUCUCCGCCGAAGUUUGCGAAGAUAUGUUCUCGGAUUCCUUGACCGUGCAAUACAACAAAGAGUUGAACUUGACCGUCGCUCGAAUCGGCGAGAAACAAAGAGAUUUAAAACUCGAAGCGCAAAAACAAAAGCUUCUCGAGAUGGAGAAACAAUCGAUGCCGGUGCAAGACGACCCGGAAUCCGAAAACGAUUCCGUUGGGGCGACGAAAACGACGACAAAAGUAGUCGCGGCUGGAACAACGACAACGUCUGGCGGCGAAAACAACAACAACAACAACAACAUCGUUUCUUUAGAAGAGAUGCCGAAAGAAGUCUUCGUGGAAAGCGACGCCGCCGACAAAAGCGGCGGCGACAACGACGGCUCUUCAAAAGGCUCCGUCGACUCGAACGAUUCAAACGUCAUCGACUCGGACGAUUUUACCAGGAAGGAGUUUGAUCCGUAA